AUGAAUUUCUCGUCGUAUUUCUUCUCCUCCUCGUCAUCCUCCGACAAGAAGUCGUCGUCGUCGUCGUCCUCCAAGCGCCGGCAGCAGCAGGCGGCGCAGGCGCCGCAGCCGGACGCCAACACGACGCGGUACCUGGGCGUGCGGCGCCGACCGUGGGGCCGGUACGCGGCGGAGAUCCGGGACCCGGCCACCAAGGAGCGGCACUGGCUGGGGACGUUCGACACGGCCGAGGAGGCCGCCGUAGCAUACGACCGCGCCGCGCGCUCCCUCCGCGGCUCCCGCGCGCGCACCAACUUCGCCUACCCGGACCUCCCGCCGGGCUCCUCCAUCACCCCCUACCUGUCCCCGGACCUCACCUCGGGCGACAAGGCCACGCAUCAGCUCCUCCAGCCAUUCUACGCCGACACCGCCGCCGCGUCCCUGCAGGCGGCGGCCCCGCCGGCCGCGAACGGCGCGGCGGGCUACGGCGCCGCCGGCGGCGACUACGCCUCCGCCUACGGCUAUAGCGCCGAGGACAUGUCCGCUCUCAUGGACGACCUCGCCAUACCCGACGACCUGACCGCCGACUACGGCGCCGAAGAUGGCGGAGGAUCCGUGGACAUGAUGUCCUCCAUGUACAGCGGAGGCGGAGGCGGAGGCGGCGGCAGCGCCAAUGCCAGCUCUGGCAGCGGCGGGGGCGGCGGGUGGUGCGACGCGUCGGAGUUCAGCGCGUACGGUGCGUCGUCCGCCGCCUCGCACGGGGUCUACUUCGAGGAAGGGUACGUGCACAGCCCGCUCUUCUCGCCGAUGCCCGCCGUCGACGACGCCUGCGCCGACGGCUUCCAGCUCGGCGGCUCCGCGUCGUCCUACUACUACUGA